AUUAUGGAUAAGAUGAACAUUAUUUUUUAAAGUAAAAAUUUAAAUAAAAAAAAAUGUGGUCCUUUUUCUCUUCUCCCAUUUUCAUACUUCCCCUUAUAUAUUCACCGCUUCUUUUUCCCAACCCAUUUUUCACUCACUCUCUGUCUCUGCUUCUCUUCUCUAAUUAUCUUCAUGUUCUUGACGGAUGAAAAAAAUCGUUCAAUUGAAAUAGUCGAAGAAAAAAUUACAGCUGAAUUAAAGAGAUGAGCUGCAACGGGUGCCGUGUUCUCCGCAAGGGCUGCAGCGAGACCUGUAUUCUCAGGCCAUGUCUGCAGUGGAUCGAGAGCACCCAGGCCCAAGGCCACGCCACCGUCUUCGUCGCCAAGUUCUUCGGCCGCGCCGGCCUCAUGUCCUUCAUCUCCGCCGUGCCGGAAAACCAACGGCCCGCUCUCUUCCAAUCGCUGCUGUUCGAGGCCGCCGGGAGAACCGUGAACCCCGUGAGCGGCGCCGUGGGGCUCCUCUGGGCCGGAAACUGGCGCAUCUGCCAAGCGGCGGUGGAGACCGUCCUCCGGGGCGGCAAGCUGAGGCCGAUCCCGGAUCUGGUCGGCGGCCCGUCGCCGGAAAUGGACGACGCCUCCGACUGCACCGGGGCUUUCCGGCCUCGAGAUUCUGCCUUGCCGCGCCAUAAGCGACGCCGGGAAGCUGACCAGCCGGCCGGCGGUACCUAUCUAGAUCUCAGUCUGACACCUGGAUUUACAAGGAAGAAGAACAGGGGCACUGUUUCGGACUAUGCAGGGCAGCUCGGGAGCCCCUCGAUGAAUUCCGAGGAGUCUCUAACGACGACGUGCGGUGAUCUGCCAGCUGGGGAGAUAAGGCUGUUGAACCUGUUUGGUUGAAUUUAUUUAUGGUCUCGGGCUUGAAUGAGAGUUUUCAGCUAUUUAUUUUGCUUCACUUUUUCUUCUUUUUUUCUUUUUUUUUUAACGAUUUAAAGUCCGGCGAGGUUAUUUUGUCAAUCACUGGCAACAAGAUCCUCCUCUAUUCUUCUUUUUUCAUUAUUGCGUGUAGAAAGAAAGUGGACUGGAGGGGGAAAUGAAAGUUUUGCU